UUGUAAAACUCUUGGUUUGUUUACAAUUUUUAUUUAUUUACUUAAUUACUCGUUAGAAUAUAAAAUAAUUAAAAGUGAAUUAUGACAGAAAAUCCUUUGAAAAUUGUAGAUAUUUCUACAGUUAACCAAUCAACUGCCGAUGAAUUAUUAGAUGCUGCAACAACCCAGGGAUUUCUAUUUGUUGAAGGGCACGGCUUUAGUCAAGAAGAAGUUGAUACUGUAUUUCAAUUAUCUAAGGAGUUCUUUCAAUUAGAUAAUGAAUACAAGAAUAAAUAUCCCAUUGAUUCUUCCAAUCAUGGUUAUGCCAACUUUGGAGGUGAGAACUUAGACCCUCAGAAUCAAAAGCAAGGAGAUCCAAAGGAAGCCCUUAAUUUUACUUCUUUAAACUUCUUAACUGGGAAAUCUUCUAAGGAAAUACCAGAUUGGUUAUUACAAGAUCCAGAACGUGAAAGAAUAAUUACUGAUACAAUCCAAAGAAUGUAUCAAUUAUCAAUUAGAAUCUUAAAAUUGUUGGCUAUUGGAUUAAAAAUUGAAGAUACUGAACUGGUUAAAGGAGAAGAUUGGUUUUUAUCACGAUAUGAUCCAAGCAAAGAUUCGGGAUCAACUUUUAGAUUUUUACAUUAUCCGGGUCAAAAGAGUUUAAAUCCAGAAUCAGUUAUUCGUGCUGGCGCUCAUACUGAUUAUGGUUCAGUAACUUUAUUAUUCCAACAAGAAAAUCAAGAAGGUUUAGAAAUCUAUUCUUCAGGAGGUAAGAGAUGGAUACCUGUUCCAUUUGUUGGAGCAGAUCGUUCUAAAUCUACUACUGCUGGUCCUCCAGUUGUUGUGAAUAUUGGUGAUUUAUUAAGUUAUUGGACUGGUGGGAUUUUGAAGUCCACUAUUCAUCGAGUUAAAUUCCCAGCCAAAGUUCAAGAAACUGGCCAAGAUCGUUAUUCUAUAGUAUUUUUCAGUCAUCCAAAUGACGAUGCACUCUUGGAGCCUGUUCCUAGUAAACUUGUUCAAACUAUUCAAAAUAGAGGUGCCAAUAGUGAAUCCAAUUAUAUUACUGCAAAGCAGCAUUUAGACAAUAGAUUAGCUGCCACAUAUGGAUGGAAGAAAUAGUUAAACAGUUAAACAGUUAAAUAAUUAAAUAGUUAAAUAAUUGAUGGUCUGAGUUAUUUUAGAUAUUGUACAUGU